AUCUAGAAGGAAAUAUAGUUUCAACUAUAGGAAAUUGCAAAUCUUUAGUAGAAGUAUAUCUAGCUUAUAACAAUCUUAGUGGAAGGAUACCAUCCCAACUUUUUAGUCUCCCUAGCUUGUCUAUUGGACUAAACCUGACCGGAAACCGUCUAUCUGGGACCCUUCCUGAAGAAAUUGGGCAAAUGAGAAAUCUUAAUGGACUUGAUCUUUCUAAUAACAUGUUAUCAGGUGAAAUACCAAGUACUUUUGGUAGUUGUGUGUCUUUAGUGUUUGUAUACAUGGGUAAUAACAAUUUUGAAGGGAACAUUCCCAAUUCAUUACAAGCAUUAAAGGGUCUUGCUGAACUAAAUUUGUCAUUCAACAAAUUUUAUGGUGAAAUCCCAAAGUUUUUAGCAAGUUUUAAGCUUCAAAUCCUUGAUUUAUCACAUAAUAAUCUUGUUGGUGAAGUACCCAUUGGUGGAGUUUUCAAUAAUGGAAGUGGACUUUCCAUAAUUGGAAAUAAUAAGAUUUGUGGAGGUUCAUCUAUGUUAAAGUUGCCUAAUUGUGAUGUUGAAAACAUGAACAAGAGGAAGAGAUCAAUAAUCUUGGUUGUUUGUGGGUUUUUGGGAUUGGUUUUGCUAGUGAUUUUACUAAUGUUAUUAUAUCUUUUCAACCAAAAAAGGAAAGCUAAGCAACCUAUAGUUCCUAUUCUUUCAAAAAAGUUUCCAAAUUUAUCAUACAAAACCCUUCUAGAAGCUACAAAUGGGUUCUCUUCUAUGAAUUUAAUUGGGUAUGGAGCAUUUGGGACUGUAUACAAUGGAGUCCUUAAGCAAGAGGGCGAUAGAGAUAGCAAGUUGAUUGUGGCAAUUAAGAUUUUUGACCUCGAACACUGUGGUGCAUUAAAGAGUUUCAUGGCCGAAUGUGAGGUUCUCCGAAGCAUCAAACAUCGAAAUAUUAUCAAGAUCAUAACGGUGUGUUCUAGUAUUGAUUAUCAAGGAAAUGAUUUCAAAGCAUUGGUAUAUGAAUACAUGGUGAAUGGGAGUUUGGAUGAUUGGUUACACCCAAUUGAUCUAAUGGAUAAAGUUGAAGGUAUGAAUGGUAUGUCAAGGAGCUUGAAUCUUUGCAAAAGAGUAGAUAUUGCAGUUGAUGUUGCAUUUGCAUUGGAUUAUCUACACCAUCAUUGUUAUGGUCCCAUAGUCCAUGGCGAUCUCAAGCCGAGCAAUGUUCUUCUUGAUGAUCAAAUGGUUGCACAUGUUAGUGACUUUGGGAUGGCCAAGUUCCUUUCAGAAGCAUGCACCAACUCUUGCACAAUUGGAGUUAAAGGAACAAUUGGUUAUGUUCCUCCAGAAUAUGGACUGGGAAAUGAGGUCUCUACUAGUGGCGAUGUGUAUAGUUAUGGUAUCUUUUUGCUAGAAAUGUUCACAGGAAAGAGGCCUACCCACCAAAUGUUUGAAGGAAACUUAACCUUACAUGACUUUGUUGAACAAUCUUUUCCUAAUCAAGUAACCAACGUUAUAGACCAUGUUCUUCUUGAAGACAUAUAUAGUGUAGACAAUGAUAGUGUUCUUUUGAAUGUGCCAAUAUCAAUACUUAAAAUAGCACUUUCAUGCUCAAUUGAGAAUCCAAAACAAAGAUUGGAUAUGGGUUAUGUUGCUCGAAAAUUAUCUUCAAUUAAAAUGAUCUUUCGAACUCGUUUGAAACAACUUCGUACACCAAGCAAUGAUACAUCACUAUUGUUUUCCUCUCAACGAUGAUAUUAGGCAUACGAGGUUAUUGAUUAACAUUUAGCUUAAAAGUGGAUUGAUAUACUACUCAUAUCAACAAGGUGUAUUUUCUCUUCAUGAGAGCCAUUUGCUAAGCACUUCAUAGUUAAGC